AUAUAUUAUUAUCAAUCAUAAGACAUAAGUUAGUAACCAGUUCUGUUCAUUUUCUUUCCCCAUUCACAAUGAGCUCCGACGAUAGAGAUCAUUACUGGUUCAACCAUCACCAACACCACUCGUUCUGGCCCAACCCUUCUACCUAUGACCGCAACAGCAAGAUCAUGCUCGCAGCCGUUGUCUCUUUAUCAGCAGUGAUCCUCUUCGUCUUCGUUCUCCAUCUCUACGCAAGAUUCGUUCUCCGCCGCCGCCGUAGAGAGACUUUCCAUGGCCUCCCCGUCGUCGUACGCCAUCCUUUUCAGGCGCCAAAACGCGGCCUCGACCCGACGGUCAUCGCUUCUCUCCCUAGUUUCACCGUCGGAGCCGUGGCCUCUGCCACCGAAUGCGCCGUGUGUCUAAGCGUGUUGGAAGAGCAAGACACGGCGAGAGAGUUGCCGAGCUGCAAACACGUCUUCCAUGUCGACUGUGUUGACACGUGGCUCACCGCUUGCUCUACUUGUCCUGUUUGUCGUACUGAAGUCCAGCCAAGGCCAAGACUAGAGCCUGAGCCAAGAGAAGGACCGGUCGGCAGCGACGGUGCCUCAGCGCCGCCGUUGUUGGAGGAAGUCAGGGUAGACUUGCCGGCGGAAGCUGCAACAUCUUCUUCGUCGGAUGACAAAACAGCUGUUUCAUCAGUUUCACGAUUAGAUUCGUUUAAGAGAAUCCUGACAAGGGAGAGAUCUUCGAACAUGAUCAAUCAUACUUGUGUUGUUGACCAAGAUCGUGAAUCGGAGUUGAGAUAGAGAUAUACAUAUACUGCAUAUAAAUCAUUACAUACAUCGAUAAUCUUUUUAUUUUAUAUAUUAUACCA